AUGGUAGUGUUCCUUGUCGUGAUGCCCAGAGGAGGGCGAGUCGUGGCGGAGACGAUCGCCUGCCUCAGGCGAAAGUGGCACAUUGCUGCAUCGAUUCGAUGCCUGCCGGGGCCCCCCGCCCUUCCCAUCAUCGGCAACCUCCACCAGCUUGGCAAAAACAUGGCCAACAUCCACUGGUGGAAGAUCGAGAUGGCGCGGCAGUACGGCGGCACGUAUGCGACCCGCGUCGACUGCCUUAUGGACGGAUCCAUCGUGACGAGCCGGCCAGAAAACCUCGAGUACAUCUUACAAACCAACUCGGCCAACUACAUCAAGCCCAAACUGCUCCAGGACACGUGCAAGGAGAUCAUGGGCGACUCGAUCUUUGCCGUCAACCCCACGUCGCCGCUCUGGGCCCUCCAACGUAAGCUCAUGUCGUCCAUGUUCUCCGUCAACUCGUUUCGCAAGUACAUGAACUCGGUCUUCCAAGAACACACUCGACAGUGCGUCGCCGACCUGUAUCGUGCGGCAUCCAAAGGCAGCGGCAGUGUGGACUUGGAGCUCGUCCUCGUCACUCUGACCACCAACAUCUCGUUUCACAUUGGAUUCGGUCGGCACGUGCCAAACGAAAUGAACUCGCCGGCAUUCCACACACUGUUUCGGGAUGCAAGCUCCAUCACGGCGAACCGAUUUACAAAGCCCUGGUACAAAUGGUUUGCGUGGUGCAUGCCGUCCGAGUGGCAGCUCAAGGCGGCCAUCGGCGACCUCGACCGCAUGUUUUACACCGUCAUUGCUUGUCGCCAACAAGAGGUCCUGGCAGGGGAAAACGACGGCGCCGUCGACAUCCUCUCGCAGCUCGUGGCCCGCCAACGCCAUGGACACCCCAUCACGACCAAGUUUCUUCGAGACAUGAUGAUGACGGUCAUGUUGGCAGGGCGGGAGACCGUCGCGAGCAGUUUGCUCUGGAUCAUGUACUUGGUGGCCCUGCACCCAGACGUGGAAGCAAACGUGAUGGCCGAAGUCGACUCGGUUCAAGACGCGACGGACUACGAUAGCGUUGCCAAACUUCCGUUUCUCGAAGCUGUCAUGAAGGAAUCGUGGCGACUCUUUCCGCCCACCGCGCUCGAACUCAAGAGCGCGGUCCACGACGACGUGUUGCCAGAUGGAACGUUCGUGCCGGCGGGGGUGAAUGUCGAGUUUUCCCCGUUUGUGAUGGGCCGCGACCCCACGCGAUGGCCGGGCGCCGAGGGUUUCUGUCCCCAACGAUGGCUCGACCCGUCGUUUGUGCCCCCAACAGACUACGAGUUUCCCGUGUUCCAUGCUGGCAAGCGCAAAUGCGUCGGCCAGCGCAUUGCGAUGCUCCAAGUCAAGUACAUUCUGACCAUCCUGUACCAGACCUUUCGCUUUGAAUUGGUCGACACAUCGUCGCCGCUUCAAUUGACGCUCGGCAUUGCGUUGUUUCCCAAAGGGGGGUUGCCAGUCCGGCCUGUAGUCCGGGCUCGUGUGGCCGCGUGUGCCGGUCGACCGCGCGCGUCGUCCGCCGCGGCCUAAGACGCAACAACCAUUCCAAUUUGAAAGACCUAUUUUAUUCCAUUAAUACCGCAGCGACAAGAAGCAUGCGACUCC